UGGCCUCAGCCCGGCUCCUAGGCUGCAGCGAGCGGCUGGGGCGCAGCCAGCUCUCGGAAGCGGCGGCGGCGCCCUUAAAUAGCAUCGGGACCCGGCCGGGGCCGGCAGUGGGCUGCAGUGACAGCCGGCGGCGGACGGCCGGGCCUGCGGAGGAGACUGUGGCUUAGGACGCUGACAACCCAGGACGAUGCAAGCCCACGAGCUGUUCCGAUACUUUCGGCUGCCAGAGCUGGUUGACUUCCGGCAGUACGUGCGCACCCUUCCAACCAACACGCUCAUGGGCUUCGGCGCGUUUGCGGCGCUCACCACCUUCUGGUACGCCACGCGGCCACGGGCCCUGAAGCCGCCAUGCGACCUGGCCAUGCAGUCAGUGGAGGUGCCGGGCAGUGAUGGUGCCCGGAGAUCCACGCUCCUGGACAGUGACGAGCCCCUGGUGUAUUUCUAUGAUGACGUCAGAACGUUAUACGAAGGUUUCCAGAGGGGCAUACAGGUGUCCAAUAAUGGCCCAUGUUUAGGCUCUCGGAAACCAGACCAACCCUAUGAAUGGCUUUCAUACAAACAGGUUGAAGACAUGUCAGAGUGUGUGGGCUCAGCACUGCUCCACAAGGGCUUCAAGGCAGCCCCAGACCAGUUCAUCGGCAUCUUGGCUCAGAACAGACCUGAGUGGGUGAUCAUUGAACAGGGAUGCUUUGCUUACUCGAUGGUGAUUGUUCCCCUCUACGACACCCUUGGAACUGAAGCCAUCACCUACAUCAUCAACAAGGCCGAACUCUCUCUGGUUUUUGUGGACAAGCCAGAGAAGGCCAACCUCCUACUAGAAGGUGUAGAAAAUAAAUUAAUACCAUGCCUUGAAACUGUUGUUCUCAUGAACUCCUACGGCAGUGAUCUGCUGGAACGAGGCAAGAAGUGUGGGGUGGAGAUCAUCAGCAUGAAGGCCUUGGAGGACCUGGGAAGAGCCAACAGAAGGAAACCCAAGCCUCCAGCACCUGAAGAUCUUGCAGUAAUUUGCUUCACCAGUGGAACUACAGGCAACCCCAAAGGAGCAAUGAUCACCCAUCGAAAUGUAGUGAGCGAUUGUUCAGCGUUUGUGAAAAUGACAGAGAAUGCGUUCACUCCUACCUCAGAUGACACUUUGAUCUCUUUCUUGCCUCUGGCCCACAUGUUUGAGAGAGUUGUAGAGAAAGCACUUGUGUUGAAUGCCAGUGACAUACACAUUUCGUUUUUACCGCUUGCACACAUGUAUGAGCAGCUCCUGCUGUCUGUGAUGCUCUGUCAUGGAGCUAAAAUAGGAUUUUUCCAAGGAGAUAUCAGGCUGCUUAUGGAUGAUCUCAAGGCCCUUCAACCCACCGUCUUCCCUGUGGUCCCCAGACUGCUGAACCGGAUGUUUGACCGAAUUUUCGGACAAGCAAACACCACGCUGAAGCGAUGGCUGUUGGACUUUGCCUCCAAGAGGAAAGAGGCUGAACUUCGAAGUGGAAUCAUUAGAAACAACAGCCUCUGGGAUAAACUGAUCUUCCACAAAAUACAGUCGAGCCUGGGAGGAAAAGUGAGGCUGAUGAUCACAGGAGCGGCGCCCGUGUCCGCCACCGUGCUCACCUUCCUGAGGGCCGCGCUGGGCUGCCAGUUCUACGAAGGCUACGGACAGACCGAGUGCACCGCCGGCUGCUGCCUGACUGUUGCUGGGGACUGGACCGCAGGCCAUGUUGGUGCCCCAAUGCCUUGCAGCAUUAUCAAGCUUGUUGAUGUGGAAGAAAUGAAUUACCUGGCUGCCAAGGGUGAGGGCGAGGUGUGUGUGAAAGGGUCAAACGUUUUUCAAGGCUACUUGAAAGACCCAGUGAAGACAGCAGAAGCUCUGGAUAAAGAUGGCUGGUUGCACACAGGGGACAUUGGCAAGUGGUUACCAAAUGGCACCUUGAAGAUCAUCGACAGGAAGAAGCACAUCUUUAAACUGGCACAAGGGGAGUACAUAGCUCCUGAGAAGAUCGAAAACAUCUACCAGCGAAGUGAACCUAUCGCUCAGGUGUUUGUCCAUGGAGAGAGCCUGCAGGCAUUUCUCAUAGCGAUUGUGGUACCGGACGUUGAGACACUAGGUGCCUGGGCCCAGAAGAGAGGCAUUGUGGGCUCCUUUGAAGAACUGUGCAGAAAUAAGGAUGUCAAAAAAGCUAUUCUAGAAGACAUGGUGAGGCUCGGGAAGGAGUCUGGCCUAAAACCAUUUGAACAGGUCAAAGGCAUCUAUCUCCACCCUGAACUCUUCUCUAUCGACAAUGGCCUUCUGACCCCAACCAUGAAGGCUAAAAGGCCAGAGCUUCGGAAUUACUUCAGGUCACAGAUUGAUGAGCUUUACUCCACCAUCAAAGUCUAACGCGAGGGAGGAAGUGGAGGGGAGUUUGACAACGGCAGGAUGGGAAGGCGCAUCCUCCUCGGGUGCCUCGCGCGUCCAGAUUCUCGUCAUAGGAGCCUGGAGGGAACGGAACACUGCCUUACAGCCCCCUCACAUCGCAGACUGUGUCCACGGUGAUCCACAAUUUCCAAAACGAGCCUUAAAAAAUCAUAGAGGGGAAACUGCAAACGUGCUAAGUUCUUUACCAAUUCCUCAGUUACAAAGGCGGGUGAACACUUUGUCUCCCUGAUCUGCUAACCAAAGGGUUAGGACUUUGCUCUUUCUGAGAUGUCUGCUCCUCGCUGCAAAUUCUGCAGAUUUCUGCUGCUCAGAGUCCCGUGCACUGGAGGGAACCACCGUCCCCGACAAGCAAGACCUGUCUCGCCUGCAGGAGGUCGCAAGAGGACCAGAGGUUUUGAUUUUUGUUUUUUAAUCCCUGCCACCCUCCCUUCUGUGUGUCACACUUACCCUCACGAACCUUCUGAUUAACCCCUGUCCUUCCUGUCGGAGCAGAGGUUCUCCGUGAAGCAAAGGGCAGACUCAGCUCAGAACAGCUCAGGUAUCGAAUCCUGGAUGGACAGCCGCUCACCAGAGAGGAUGGAUUCUGGUGCCCAUAGAGCAGAAUAUUCUCCAACCCUCUUCUCCAGACCCAACUUCCUGAUUUCCUCCAUCUGUUGCCUCCCAGGGGUUAUAAAAAAGAAAAAGAAAAAUCUGCCUUAGACUCUGCAGUGAAAACAAGCAUUUCAACAAGGAAACAGUUACCUGGAUCAACCAUGUUCAACUGUGACGCCUAACUGUCCACUUUACCUUUGACGAACCGGUCACUCUGUCCCUGAUGGAUUUUAAUGUGGUUUUCAUAUCAAAAGAGUAUGUUGUGAUCAAGUGGCUCCCCCCCCCCCCCCCCCCCCCCCAGAAUAUAAACUCUCAGGCCAGGCAUGUCUUUGAAAAUAUUAAGGGAGUAGAUACACUUGGGUACUUAUUGAAAUGGAUGGUGAUAAAUAAAUGCUCUUCUAUCAUAAUGCUACUUGAUUUCUAUGAAAUAUAUUUGACAAGCCAAAAUUCUAGGACAUAGGAAUCUGGAGAACUCAUUUCCUGGGAUUAGAUUCUCAAGGGUUUUUUUUUAAGUUAAUUUGGGAAAUUAGCAGCAUUUCACUUUACUGCAAGUCUUUGCCACAUGUGACUGAACUUAGUUUUCAUUUGUACACUGAAAGCAGUUGUUUUGGGAUAGAGGAGUACCUGUAUCAUACAAGCACAACGGGGUUUGCCCUAAAGAGCUGUCGUUGUUAUAACACUAUUUGGUAGCCUAACUUCAUACGAGUACUCUUAAUUGCCCAAAAAGUCAAUAAUUUGUCACAUCGGGGUUUUGAAUGUUUGCUUUAAGUGUCGGCUCUUUCUAUGUUUUAUAAACCAAAACAGAAUUUCCAAAAACAAUGAAGGAAACCAAAAUAAAUAUUUCUGCAUUUCAA